AUGGCCCCCACCAAGACUACCGCUAAAAAGACUGGCAAGACGCGCUCGGCGCUGCAAGAUGUCGUGACGCGUGAAUACACCAUCCACCUACAUAAGCGUGUGCACGGCCGCUCGUUCAAGAAGCGCGCACCCUGGGCUGUCAAGUCUGUCGUCGACUUCGCGCAGAAGGCGAUGGGCACCACCGACGUCCGCCUCGACCCCAAGCUCAAUCAGGCGCUCUGGGCGCGCGGCAUCAAGUCUGUGCCACACCGGAUACGCGUAAAGCUUGAGCGGAAGCGGAACGAUGAGGAGAACGCGAAGGAGAAGCUCUACACAUACGCGAGCCAUGUCAUUGUCGAAUCGUUCAAGGGUCUCGAGACGUUGACUGUGGAUGCCGAGUAG